AUGGUGGCAAAGGGGCUGGCUUCACGUUUCGCCCAGGGACCAUUUAAAUCGUACAGAACGCAGAGUCUUGGGACGGCCCGUGACAUUGUCCCCGUGGCUAAUUGGCCAUUUCGCAAACAGGGCCUCAACCCAGCCGACUUUCCCUACGUGUACCUCCUCACUUCGCCUCGCUUCCUGAAUUACGCAUUCAACCCAGCCUCGUUUUGGUACCUCUACACGGCAGACAUGAGCCUCAAGUACGUCAUCGCAGAGGUGAAUAAUACGUUUGACGAGCGGCGCAUGUAUCUAUUUCCGGGCUCUGGUAGCCCUGGCGUAUUCAGGCAGACCCUUGGCAAGGACUUUCACGUGUCCCCGUUUAAUUCUAGAAAAGGGGCGUACACGCUCUCGACCUUGGAUCCCGCCAACGAGGGGGAAAUCUCAGUCGCAAUCACGUUGCGCUCUUCCAAGGGCCGUCCUAAACUGGUAGCUCGUUGGUGGUCAGUCGCGCCUGCGAUGGAUCCACGAAUGCCAUCGACAACCCAGGCAUUAUGGCUUCUUACGUGUUGGGGCUCAAGCAUUCUCACAACAUGUAGGGGCAUUCCUCAUUGGCCACUUGCUCCUCUAGCAAUCGUGCUGGCUCGGGUUCACAAGCUGGAGAUUUGGUACCGUCCAGAACCGAGUCCGUCGGCUCUACCACGACGACCGACUGCCACAGAAAACUUUCUGCAGUCCGUCUUUGUCCAGUACAUGGAAUACCUUGUUGGCACGGCACCUGACAAGCACAGAUUACUGACUCGUCGUGAGGGGCAGGAUGGGGGAAAAUCGUGUUCCAACGGCUACAGUCUUUUACACCUGCGUCUUGUCCAGCAACCUUCCCGGGAGGUGCUCAGUCUAAGAGUCCACACCCCGCAGUUCUAUCGUCAGUUGAUCACGUACGGGACGCUGUCCGACUACCUGUCUUACACGCUGCUUCAUCCGUACGAGGAAAACCACACUGCCUGGUCCAGCGACGCACAGGCUCUUAUUCAUGCAAUACAGAACUGCGAAUCCGCCACAAGCAGGCGGGUGCCCAGACAGCGGCCGCAUAUUCAGGAGGUUCUCGUCAAGAUACUGUGCGCUAUAUCCAGACAAGUCCGCACGCAGACCCAAGCCUCGUCCCGGUUGCAACGUGCCGCCCCCAUGGAUGCUCCGGCUGCAUACCCCAAGACCAAUAUUUCAAUGUUUGGGGGUCCAGGGUGGCUUCGGGAGCUGAAAUUGCCAUGCUACCGGGUGCUUACACGUGGCCGCGAUCCUUCGACUAGCCAGCCUUCCACGCCACGAGCCACCAGCUACGUUGGCCGUACCCCCCCGGGGACCAUGGCCAAGCCAGAGUAUGCAAGCUCCCACACAGAAAGGCAAAUCGCCGUGCCGUCUCUCCAGGCCCACCGCAAUGUAGACGAGGACGAGGUGUACUCGCUUCAGGAACAAAAGAGGAUCAUCCGGCGCAUACUCGUCACCGUACUGGCCUGCCUCUAUGUUAUAUCACUCGUGGACCGCGUCAACAUCUCCACCGCUGCCCUCGCGCAUCUCAACAGCGAUCUUGCGCUUCAGACCGGCGCCCGAUACUCCAUUGUCAUUUCGGCGUUUUUCAUCACCUACACUCUUUUUCAGCCCCUCGGCACGGUUCUUACCCGGAAGAUCGGGCCCCGGUUGUUCCUGAGUUCAAUCGCAAUGGCUUGGGGCCUGGUCAUGAUUGGGAAUGGCUUCGUCGAUUCCUGGCAGACUCUUGCAGGGCUCCGCGUCUUGGUAGGUGUUUUCGAAGCCGGCUACUUCCCCGGGGCGGUAUAUCUGCUGAGCACCUGGUACACCAGAUUCGACAUGCAGAAGCGCUACACCGUCUUUUACGGCGUCGGUGUUUUCGAAGCCGGCUACUUCCCCGGGGCGGUAUAUCUGCUGAGCACCUGGUACACCAGAUUCGACAUGCAGAAGCGCUACACCGUCUUUUACGGCGUCGGGUGCGUCGCCGGUGCGCUUGGCGGUAUUCUGGCCUUUGGUCUCUCUCAGAUGAACGGACUGGCGGGCUUGAGAGGUUGGAGAUGGAUCUUUAUCAUUGAAGGCGUCCUCUCUUGCGUCGGUGCCCUCGCCUCGUACGUCUUCCUCGUGGGCUUUCCGGAAGAGGCCGACCAGUCGUGGAACUUCAUCACCAGACAGGAGCGCGAUUUCAUCAUCCGCCGCGUCAACCGUGAUCGGGGAGAUGCUGUGACGGAACCCUUUUCUCUCGGCGCGUUUCUUGCACCUGCUGCCGACUUUAAAAUCUGGAUCUUUGCGUUUAUAUUCUUCUGCGUCACGACUGUAGGCUACUCCAUCAACUAUUUCCUUCCUAUGAUUCUCCUCGGAAUGGUGCCGCCGUGGGUCUUUACAGGUCUGCUCAUGUACGCACAAGCUUGGCUCGGUGACCGGUAUCGUCUGCGAGGCCCUAUUAUAGCCUUCAACGCGAUUCUCGCGCUCGUUGGGCUGAUGCUCAUGGCAUUCCAUCAUGCGUAUCCCGUUCGAUACACGGGCGUCUUCUUCGUCGUGGCGGGAGCCAGUGGGAACACGCCCCCCGUGUUGACCUAUCAAGCUAACAAUAUUCGCGGGCACUGGAAACGCGCAUUCUGCAGUGCCACGUUGGUCGGUUUUGGUGGUAUCGGGGGAAUCGCCGGCGCUUUGGUCUUUAGGAGCCAGGAUCAGCCCAGAUAUCUUCCGGGAAUCUAUGCGUCCAUUGCUUGCAACGUUUGUAUCUUGCUUUGCACCGGUGGGUUGUCCAUUUGGUUCUGGCUGGAGGCUGGCUAUGAAAACUGGAUCCCAUCUUCACGUCUGUGUCAUCUUGCUGCGCAGGAAGUUGACUCUUUAAGCCAUUCAUUGAUACGAAGUAGACAAGGAUUCUCGUAUGGAGCUGAUGAUGGACUAGGUGCCGAAAUGUCUGAGACUGCCGAGCAAACGUCUAACACGAUAGGAUUUCUCGCCUAG